GGCGGAGCGCGGGGGGCCGCGGGCGGGCGAUGGAGCGCGGCGGCGGGGCUCGUGCGGCGCGCGCCGGGCGCGGGGCUGUCACUGCCGCGAGCGCGCUGCUGCUGAGCCGCCGCCGCCGCCGCCUCCUCCUCCUGCUCCCCGCCUCCCGCUGAGCUCGCGGCCCGUCCCCGCCGCCGCCUGCAUGCGCUCGGCCCGGCUGCCGUGAGGCGCCUCGGCGGGGCGGUGCCCCUCUCCCCGCCCCUUCCCCCCGGGGCGGAGGGAGAGCCCAGCCCAGCCCAGCCCAGCCCGCAGCCUGCCUGCGAGCGCCCGGCGGAGCCAUGCGGGAGUACAAGGUGGUGGUGCUGGGCUCGGGCGGCGUGGGCAAGUCCGCCCUCACCGUGCAGUUCGUGACGGGCUCCUUCAUCGAGAAGUACGACCCCACCAUCGAGGACUUCUACCGCAAGGAGAUCGAGGUGGACUCCUCGCCCUCGGUGCUGGAGAUCCUGGACACGGCGGGCACGGAGCAGUUCGCCUCCAUGCGGGACCUGUACAUCAAGAACGGGCAGGGCUUCAUCCUGGUCUACAGCCUGGUCAACCAGCAGAGCUUCCAGGACAUCAAGCCUAUGCGCGACCAGAUCAUCCGCGUGAAGCGGUACGAGAAGGUGCCCAUGAUCCUGGUGGGCAACAAGGUGGACCUGGAGGGCGAGCGGGAGGUGUCGUACGGGGAAGGCAAGGCGCUGGCCGAGGAGUGGAGCUGCCCCUUCAUGGAGACGUCGGCCAAAAACAAAGCCUCGGUGGACGAGCUCUUUGCCGAGAUCGUGCGGCAGAUGAACUACGCCUCGCAGCCCAACGGGGACGACCAGUGCUGCUCGGCCUGUGUCAUCCUCUGAGGGGCGGCCGGCCGGGAGGGUUUGCAGGGGGAAGCGGCGAGCGACCCUCCGGGGCGAGACUGGAGGCAACUUUGCAGAGGCCGGGAGGGCCCCGGGGCAGGGGGAGCCGCCUCUCCACGUCUGCAAGCAGGCUCGGGGGAAACGCGGCUUUCUCGCACGAUCGCGGGGAUCGCUGCCUGCUUCUCCUAAUACCUCCGGCAGCUGGCUGUGCUGGCAAGUGACACCAGGAAGAAAAGUUUCAGCACGCGGAGAGGGAAGUUUCCGAGCGAUCGCUUUCUAACUGGAAGAGUGAAAUGCACCCCGGGAAGUUGGGGGAGCAGAAGGGAGGGGGGAGCGAUCUCUCCGGCUCGGAUUCCUGCUCCCCUGCUCUGGCCCGGCUGGAUUUGCCCCCUGCGACUGUGAGAGUGAUCCUGAGGCUUUCUAUGCAAAGUUGGAUGAUUGUUACAGUGUAUCCAAUCUGAAGUAUUGCACAUCUGAACUGGACUUGAAUAACACUGAUGCCAAUACAGUGUGGGGUGCCAGAAAGUGUCUGCUGAUUAUUUGUGAAAUAAUCUUCUAUUUUGUUUACCUGCUGUAUGGGAUGGGAGUUUGGGGGAGAGCGGUAGAGGUUUUUUGUUUUGUUUUGUUUUUUUAAUUUUUUUUUUAAUCAGCUGUGAAAAUGUUACAAAUCUGCACAUUUUUUUUAGUUGUGUGUAUGUAUGUGUUCUUUUUUUUUCUCCCCGGGGUGGAGUGGUGAUGGUUUUUAUUCUUUCUUUUUCUUUUUUGGGUUGGCAAUAACUGAUUUUGAUGACUAGCUCUCUAAGUACAAAGACUUCCUAAAUGUGAUACAGGGCCAACAGCAACCCUGUGUCUAUAGAGUGCCUUCAAAACUCAGCUGUUCCAGCCGGUGCCAACCUGUGAAAGCUCCACAGAAUCCCAUUAUCUACUACUCCAAAAACUACUUAAUAGUUUCCUUUCAGUAAUCAUAUUCAACAAGCCAGGACAAAAGGGCCUAUUGUUAAAGGAAUUUAUUUUUUAUUUCCAUUUGAGCCUUUUAAAUGUAACUUCCAUGUCUUGCAAGUUUUGGCUUCAUUUAAUUCAAAUUUACUGGAAUUUUAAUUUCCCGGGCUUUUUUUUUUCUCCUUGUUUUUAGGAUGUACCUCCAGCCAGCAAAGAGUGAAAUCUUAAUGUUGUGAUGUAUCAAAAAAAUUCUAAUGACUGUAUCUUUAAUUUCAGACACACAAUUAAUAGAUGUCUACCCAUUUUAAGACUUUUAAUACAAAUAUCAUGUUUUAUUUUGUUUUUUAAAAAAGAACAACUUCUGUGGCUUUUUUUUUUAUACGUUGUAAGGAAAACUAGCUUUAACACACAGCCAUAACAGGACAUAUGCCAUUAUUCCUGGUUUCUUUUGAAUGCACGUAGUGUUUGAGGAAAAGAAUGAGGGAGGGCACUUUUAAACAUCAUCAGGCUGGAGAAAGUUGUUGCAUCUAAAUGCUGGUAAUGCUGGGAACAGUUGAACAAUAAUACCAGGCCCUGAUCCUGCAAACUUUUGCAUGUGGGUUGAACUCUACAUCCAGUAGAUGCCUACUGAAGUUGGUAGGGGCCCUAUGCAGAACAGCUUGUAGAUUAGGGCCUUUUUUUUUUUUAAUAUUAAGAACAACAUGGUUUAUUUUAGUUGAAGUGCUAAAUUCAUACAUUUGAAGCUUUAAAUUUUAUUGAAAUACAGGUGUUUUUUUAAUUAUGCAUUAAGAUUGUGAUUCCUUGUUGGUUUCUUUUUUAUGACUUGUAUAAGGGAAAAUGGGUUUGUGCCCCUCCCUCCUUCUUCUUGAAGUGGGAUGAAGGCUAGAAAGCGCUUUGUCUGUCCCACAGACCUAUUCUCCCCUUCCAUUCCAUCCUUGCUCCAAAAAAUAUGUUGGAAUUUCGUAAUGCUAUUUGUUUGUGAUUCUUUUUCUAUCCAAAGUGAGUCCUUACGAAUGAAUGAAAUUAUGAUAUAACAAGAAACUGGAAGUUCAGCAGUUCAGUGGAAAGGAAUUUUUAGUCAUGCUAAUUUCAAUUCACCAUGCUCAUUUCUCCUUAUCCCAGUUCUAAACCAUGAUUUAUUAAUUCACUGGUUCAGACACAAAACUCCUGUUGACUUCCAACAUGCAGGAUUGGGGCCUUCAUGGUUGUCCAUCACUUGAAAAAUGGGCACUUUUUUUCUCUCGCCAACAUUUUUUAAAUUUCUAGUGCCUAGCAAAAACUUGACAGAAUUAUACCUUAAAGAUUCAACAUGCUGAAUAGUUGCUAUUAAUAAUAAAGGCCAAAUUCCCAAUAGGAGAAUUGUAUUUUGAAUACAAACAUUUACUGCAGGCAUAGAUUAAAAGAAGAAUGUUCUAUGCAUAAGUCUGUGCUAUAGUUAAUCCAGUCUGAUCCUGCCUAGAUUUUCACUCUUUCCCAGGUAUGGAGAAACCUCCCACUAUCUUCACUGGUAGCUGGAAAGUUUGUUAUUUUUUCCCACCACCUACCAGGAAUUGGAUCAUAACUUGAAAAUGUGUUGAUCACUUGCUCAGUUUUCUCCUUGCUCAGUUUUUUUGUGUAAUAGUUGCUGUCAAUGUAAUAAAACCAGGCAAGUCUUAAUCCUCUUCCAACAAAAUAGCAGAUACUGAUACAUUAAGCAGAAGCCAAAAUUUGAGAAUGCCUCAUGGUUUCUUACUGCUCUUUUUUUUUAGGUCUCUCUUCUUUUAUUCUAUUCUAUCUUUCUUUUCUUUUUUUAAAGAGAACUUGAUUGAAGAAUGAUGUGAAUGUGUAUAUAGGAAACAGUAGCACAAUGUAACCUACAGUUUUAGGGUUGGCCUAGAAAAAUGGAUGACAGAAUGGAUGAAGAUAUUUUAAUAAAUACUAUGUGUGUGUGUAUAUACAUAGUUUUUGACAACAAGGGGGUGUAUUUUUUACAUAGAUAAGGCAUUAAGGAAUUAUAUGGCCUGGCUCUAGUAAAAGUUGUGCAUACAUGGGAACAUUCUAAAUAUCUUCUUCUGGGGGAGGAUACUGCAGAAAGGAGGACUGCAUCACUGCAUCUUCCAGAUGCUUCAAAUUGCUGUGCAGUUCACUAAGUGUAAGCUUUGUCUGUAGUAGAGAACAAUACUGCUUUAACUAAACCAGUAUAAUUAGAGCAUAUAACUUGUUUCUUUCCCACCCUUGGGAUGGAAGCUGUUACACUGAUACAGUAUAAAGGUGUUUUAUACAGCCAUCUUAUUUCACCUUCCCUAUUAGGAACAAGUCAUACCAGUCAGUGUAAGGCAUCUCUAAUACUGAUGAUUGCAUCCACAGUAAAGGUUAUGCCAAAUUUAUUGAUUUGAAUGAAAAAUCAUGCACACUUCUAGCCAAAAUAGCAGUAACAAUAUAAAACCUGCAUGUAAACAAGGACUUAGUUUACAGCUAGUCUUACAGCUUUGUGUCCUGUUGUCUACACCAAUUGCAUUUUAAAGGCCAUGUCAAACACUUGAGCUUUUCACCAUUAUGAGGAAGUAUGUUUUUGAAAUAUCAGUUUCCAUGGUCACAGGAAUUGUGUAGUAUUCUAGCAUUAAGUGCAGCACUUUAAUUGAAGGUUUACAAUAGAAUACCCAGACCUUACAGCUGUCUACAACUCUACAGCCUUGGAAUCUAAUGUUGCCUGCAGAAUUUCUGAGGACCCUUCUUGCAAAAGAAUGUAUGGCUGGUAUUGUGUAAAGGGUAUCUUAAGAUAGAGAACAAUGGUCUUCUUGUGGCCUCUCUAUUGGGUACUUUUUGGAUCCCCAAUCAUCUGACUUCUAGGAGUGCCAAUUAAAAAAAAAAAAAAAAGGUCAUUCUAUUUUCUUCAGUGAUUUUGUAUGAAAAUGAAUGUUAGUCAUUCUCUUAGAUCCUGCAGCGGUUAAUUUAUGGCAAAACUUCCUUGGUUUUAAAUGGCAAAAUGACUUAGGCCCUAAAGCACUUCAAGUUUACUGGUAUUGGAAGCAGAUUCAAAUAUCAGGAAAAAAAUUAAUAUGUCCUCACUACAUCCUCUGAAGCUGGUGGUUGUACAUUUGGGCAUUUGAGAUUUGGCACUCAUGGUAUAAUAAAAUCAUAUGAGCCCUGUAGAAUGGUAAACUGUGGCUUAGGUAUCUUGGAAUACUUCUGUAUGGCAAAAAGAUUAUCAUAAAUGUGCCCUUUAUACUAAAAUUAUGAUGACAUAAAAAAGUCUUCCUCCAUAUUGGUGUGAUGCAGUUUUUAGCUAGUUCCUCGCUAAAAAUUCAGUGCCUGUCAAGUCUUCAUAGAAAAGCGUAUUGUCUUUGGUUUACCAAAGAGUCCCAAUGACUUUUGUGAAUAUAGCCCAGCCCAUAAUAGAAUACACAUUAUCAAUGGUAGAAAAUUCCAGGGUAGGUUUGAUUUCCAACAAAAAUCCAGCAGACCGAGAAGUAUUGGCAACAUUCUUAAGACUGGAAAAAGGAACAGAGGCUUUUUAAAACAGAUUGUAUAGAAUUGACUUUUUCUCAUUUAGGGCUUGAUUGGGUUCCAGAAGAAGCAAGAGAAGGAAAAAUCUUGAAGUUAGCUUCAGUAGGAAUGAGAUUAAACACUUUCCUGUGGUGUUAACCUAAUGUUUUCAGUCUUAUUAGUUCCUGUGUGCAGCUGUUUGCUUUAAUGUUGCUAAAGAAGACACCCAAUGAAAUCUGAAUCAGUUGACCAUACAGUUGGUUUUAGUGGAAAUGUUUUGAAGUGUGAGUACUUGUAGACAACCACUUGUUAGACUUUCACUAUAUGUGUUAAAGGUCUUCUGAGGAUACUCAAAGGAGCUAGCCUUUGUUAGGGCCAUUGAUGAUAUUAGAGUGGGUAACUGGGUAGAUGACGUGCUCUAGUACAGAAAUGUUUAGUCUGAAGCUUUAAAAGAGGCGAAUUUGAAGAAUCAUGCUUAAUCUAUCAGGGAAGAAAAACUCUCUGAUAGUAAGAAACUGUUUUCUCUAGAGCCUCAGUGAGGUUUUCACAAUGAUUUGAGAAGUCUCAGAGUCAAAUUAAUAAUUCUAUAGCUUAAGUCCAGUCUCCAAAAACUAGAAUCAGCUGUUCUAUGGUGUCAACAAUUAUUGAGAGUUUCUACUUUUCUAGUGGUUUGAGUAAAGAAUAGGCAUAAUGGGUAAUAAUCAGGAGCUUUAUUUUUCUAACACUGGAUGGGAAGGUAGUUUAAAGCAAAUAGUGCCUGAAAUGUAGCCUCAGGAGUUUUAAAUAUGAUUUAGUCUUUCAGUUUGUUUCCAUGAGAAAUCUUCUGUAGAAAGUGUUGUGUUAAUAGAUUUAUGUCCAAGCAGCAGACUGUAUCCAGGUGAGAGUAGGUCUGUUUGUGGCUGUCUGAUUGUACUUCUGCAAGAGAUUUUGCAAGAACAAGAUUAAGGUGUAGUGAACCUAAUCAUGCUAUUUUACCAUGUAUUGCCUUUUAAAGAUAGUGUACAUCUGGUUCUGUUAUGAUAGUUUGAAACGUAAGUGUUACUUUUAAGGAUGUUUGUGUUUAGAUGUGGAUUGCAGAAUGGGGGAACAGGAAUACAUUCCACACAAGUAGCUAUUGCUAAAGAUUGGAGAUCUAUAUUGUAACUGAUGAUGGAGCAGGGAGCAUCUAAUUCAUACCAUCUGACGAAGUAGGCUAUUGCCUAGGAAAGUUGAUACCUUUCUGAACAAAUUGGUCUUCAAAGUGCUAUCCUGCCCUGCCUUCUGCCUCAGUUCUAAAUGUUGACCUACACCCCUGAGUCUGACAUCCAGCAUUUUGUCUUAUUUCUAGAUUUUAUUUAAGUCAAGAUGAGUGAGUGGAAUUUUAAGAAGACUCAGAUAAUCUCUAUUGUACAUUUGUGGCACUAAGUUUCCACUAGCUGUUUAAUAUGAUCCUAAUAGCAGAUGAAUAUUAUAGGCAUAUUUUGAAAAAUGACCACUGUUGUAGGAUGCCUUUGUUUAGAUUGGAUAUCUGAAAACUGGACUGUGCCUUGCUCAAAGAUAGGCACACAAAAUUGAUGGUCACUCCUGGAAAUGUGGCUGCUUCUAGUUAAUGGUAUUUGUUUUUUUUAAGAGGGUGGAGCAAUAUGAUAGGAUAAUAAUACACUUAUUACUGAAUUACUGUGAAGUGUAUGGCCUAUCAUCCCACAGUAGUCCUAUCGACAGAUGAUAAACUAGAUUUCUGUUGUUUCACAUCCAUGCGGUGCAGGUGGAUAAGCAUUAGUAUCUUUCAGAUAACAGAAUCUAGGUAAAACCCUUACUGUCUUGUUACCUGCAGAUAAAAUAGCAAGUCUGGCAGAGAUGAAAAUGAGACUGAAAAAAAAUAUUCAGAGCCAGACAGAGAGACAUUCCUGAUCCACAUUCCUGACAAGGUAAUUGGACCUUGGGGUGUAUCCCUCUCAGCCUUCUGCCUGAGUUCCAUCUCACCUUGUCUCCAGCCCUGCUACUGAUUUGCUGCCUAACUUCAGCAAGUCACUUAAUCUUCCUCUGCACCCUGGUUUCUUCAACUACCUAUUUUCACAAUGUAUGGAUUUCAGUGAAGUUGUACUGAUUUCCCCUGAGGAUCAAGCCCAAUAAUUGGUUGUUUCAAACUAAAAUAAGGAGAUAAGGUCAAAUAAUGUGAAGAGUUUGGGGACCAGAGAGGAUACCUAACCAAAAUCUUCUGCUUUCAGUGCUGGACACACUCUCCUUCCUCCCCCUUCUCCCCCCCCCACCCCCUUCCCCAAGGAAUACGGACACACGUAUAUGGAAACUUACAAUGAAUUAGUAAUUUUGUCAUGACCCAACUCUGCCUAAAUCAAUAAGGUAUUUGAAAUUUUGGAUUAGAGGCAGAAUCUUUGAAGGACACUAGUCUAUCAUUCAAGCUCUAUCUUUGUAGCCUUUAUCAACUUUAACGAUUACUUGGUCAUAGUGUUUUUUGUUGUAGCUGUAUUGACCUAAGGACAUAGGCAGGCAUGCUUCUUUGGGUAGAUGUGAUAUCUUUUAUUAGAUGAGCUGAAUAGUUGGAAAAAAGUUCUUUGUAAGUGUUCAGGCACAAGUGCCCAUCUUCAGGCAUAGGGAGUCUCUGCUGUUCUGAGAUCUCCAAGGAAUGUUCAAUUCCUUGGUGAUCUCAGAACAGCAGAGACUCCCUGUGCCUGAAGAAGGGUGCUUGUACCUGAAAGCUUGCAAACAACUUUCUUCCAACUAUUCAGUUGGUCUAAUAAAAGAUACCACAUUUACCCAAGAAUCUUGCCUGUACUUGGUUGUAUGCAUGUCAGAAACCUUGUUGGUAUGUAAGGUUGUAAUGCCCCUAUAGAUAAGGUGGUAUAAAAAUUUCCUUGAAAUAGGGACUGAUGUCCACAGAGUGAAGAUCCAUUUACUUACUGAAGGUUUUAUUGCAGUAUUGAUAAAGAAACAACAGAGGUCUCUGUCUUUAAAACAAAAGUACUGCAAGUAAGACGAGCAGUAGAUAACAUUUGUUGGUAAACUCAAAUGAUGCAAUAUAUGUAGACCUUUGAGCUGGAAAGGAACGGAUUAUUUCCCCUCUUCUCUGCCAUAUGCUUUGAGGGUGCUAUUGCAUUUUCUUGUUAAGAGUGAGGCAAUUCCAUGAUUGCUGCUACAGCUAUCACCACAAAUAUCAUAAAAGGGUUAAUCAUAUGUCUUUAUUACUUAUUGUGGCCUCUGGCUUUUUUCUCUUUCUAAUGUGUUGGGACAGGGGAAAGGGAGAGGGAAGGGGGUAGGAUGUCCAGAUGAGAAGUCCAGAUGAUUCUAGUGGCUUACAAGUUAAUUGUAUAGCAGAAUCCAGAACCUGAAAGGUUCAGUCACUUCUGGAAACUCGGGAUGGUAAAUUGUUUGGGCCCAAUGUUUUAAGUAUAGAUCUACUGAGCACUUGAACAGCUUGUGUUUCUUGCUUCUUUUUAACACUAUGUAUUAGUGAGAGGUGUCCAAAAACAGCCAAAAUAUUGGUUGCACUGUAUGGUGAAUGGAGAACUUGAAGAUCUAUCGUUAAUUGUUCAAAACACAGGUAGCUGUAGGGUUUUUGUUUGUUUGUUUUUUACUAUGGAGUGCUGUGUUUGGUAAUUUAGUGUCCUUUGGAAAUUGCAAAGGGGGGUGGGGGGGAGGACACUAUUUUUAGGCUAAAAUAAACUGCCAUUUCAGAGAGGUAAUAAAUGCUGCAAGUGCAAAAUCUUUUCUGCUUAAAAGAAUAGCUUGACUCAUUAAGUCCUCCGUACAUCUUUUAAAAUGCUAAUAUAACCCAGCACAUGUAUGUGUAUGUACGUGUAAAAUGUAUUAAUUUAGUGGUGGAAAAGAUGCAUACUUCAUGCCUGAAAUGCAAGGUAACAGGCAGUGUGAAUAAACAUCUGUUGAGUAUUGGAUAGCUGCUAGUCCAUCCAUCUGGUCAGCUGCUGUGGUACCAUGAUUAAGGGACAGGAAUAUGCAUCUGCCACAUCUCAGGCAAGCAGCAGGGUUGUUUUGUACCUCUUCAGGCAGGGAAUUCUAAAAUUGAAUAGACUUGGUAUAUCUAAUCCAGAAUAUCCCAAUGGUUCAGGAGUAAACUCUUAAUCUGGAAAAUGUUAAACUGAAAUGGAGAAGUGUUGCCAGAAGCACACUUAGAAAGAUUGCUUCUGAUUUAAGUGGUCUGUGAUGCUUCUGAACAUUGCCUUAUGAACAGACAUUACUAAUUGUGAAUAAUUCACCCUUGAGGUGUAGAUCAUGGAUCUGAUUUUGAAUGACUGGAAUUAAAGUUGCCACCUAACACAUUUUCAACACGCACUUUAGACUUAACAGCUACAGAAUUAGCUACUGAAAUGAGGGUAUCUCAUUGUUAAAACCAGAUAUUGCAACUGUAAUGCAUUACAGUUAUAAAAUGCAAAGAUUGCUGCCAGCAUAAAGGUUGGUGUAUGAAAGGUGAUGCAUAUAUUAUUGUCUAUAUUCCUUUGGACAAGUUAUCAGUGACUGUUACAUGCUUAUUUAAAAAAAUUGUCUUGAAUAUUUAUCAUAAGUCAAUAUUACUCUAACUGAUGUCAUGACAGGCAUGGGAAACAGACUUCUGUGGUCUAGAUGCAUUAUUAGCAGCUUAGAAGAAAAGUUAUAGUUAAUCUUAAGGACCAUACUGCUAAUCCUAAGGAGGGAGGCCAAUGGUUUGGGCAUGGUCUGGUAAUCAUAGCCAGGGACCUUGGUUCUAAGGUCUGUCAUUGACAUUGUCUUGGUUUAAACUGCCCCACUGUGUUUCAGGUUUUCUUUCUUGCCUUCUUCUCUAGUAUGGUCACAAUGCCUGGUACUCUGAGGUCUGGCAAAGAUUAGUAUUUGUAUGGUACUUGGAAGCUGAACGAAUGCUAAAUAUUUUCCAGACUUGAAGCAAACAAAUGCUAAAGGGAUUUUGUAUGUAAUGUCCACACCAUUCAUUGGGUUAAACUGUGUACAUCCUUCACAUUUUUGGUACAAACAUACAGCUGACACAGAUACAUAAGCUAGCAAUAUGUGUAAAGCUCAUGCUUAGAAAAAAGAACUGGAAGCACAGGUGCAGAGGUUCUGUUUCUGACUUACUUGCCACUGACUCACUUUGUGUCCUGGAGGGCAGAUUUUCUAAUUUGAGGCUGAAUUUGAGGGGAAGUAUGGUAGAAACAUUUUUUGUGUAUGAAGGGACAAAAAUUCAUGAGUGUUUACUGUGCACAAGCUGCCUUCUGGUCUUUGGAAAUGGAGCCCUUUUUCUGACUUCUAUCCCAUUUUUCAUAUAGGUACAUUAAUUUGUGUGCAUGUCCCUAGGACUUUGUCAGGCCUUAUCUGAAUAUCAUGUUGUGCCUGUAUAAUUAAAGGAAUAGUUUCAGAUAAUUAAGUUAAAUUAUUGCAACCUCUGCUUGUUCACAGGCAGCCCCUUGGAAAGGUACUUUUGAGAGACUGGGGCUAAAGUGAUAUUUUUUUAACUUGCAACACAACAAUGAAAAUUUGAAUGGUUCUGUUCUUUAAUGUGAGCAACUGGUUUUUAAGGCUGGGGUUUAAAAUAAUUUUUCUCUGAAAUAUUUCCAUCUUGGAUUGUUAGUAAGGAGUUACUGCAUUUAGGGGAAUGGUUAUGAGGCUGUAUUUUAUUAAAUCAGUUUGUAAUAGAAAAUUGAAAUCAAAUUUAGCCCCGUUUUUCCAAAACCUUGCAAAUAACUAUUGUGGGAGUGGAGCCUCUCUGCUCUGGAAUACUGAACAGAUGGAAAAAUGCAAAGAUGAAACAGUUUAUAUAUGCAAAAAUGGAAGAAUUUCAAGUGACAAUCUGCCUUAAGUGUAUGCAGAUUCUCUUGUGCCAUCAAUGACUGCAGCUUCUAAAAGCUGAAUUAGAUAACUCCAUAUAGUUGGGAGCCAUAUGUACUUAAGGCUGAUAUUGGUAAUAAUGUGUUCCUUGCGUGAGCUAAUCUUAAAUACCUCAGAUUGGUGGUAUGUUUGUUCAUAUCUGAAUUGCUGCCAGAUUCACUUGAUGAUUAACAAACUUUAGAGCAAAGCAAGUGCCAGAAUAAUGGAAUUGCUUAGUAUUUUGAAAUCUUGAUUUUUCCUUCUCUCUGAAUUUUCUGCACCAUUCCAGAAUAGUUCCCGCCUUGUGUUUCUUGUUUCAAAUUCUGUUUGUUUUGGUGAGGGUUUAAUUCUGUCCCCAAGUUGUCUUCAUUUUUUUCACAUUUCAAUUACUACAAAACAAGCUGCCCAAAGCCCAAUACUAGUUGAUGUGCGUCAUGUACUUUGGAAUAGGAACAAACUGAAGAGACAGUAGACUGAGCAUAGGAAGAUACCGCCUUUAUGGAAUGCCACCUAGUGGCUGGCUGAAUCUGUAUUUGCAUUUGUUUUCCAUGAGAAAGUGUUAUAUUGUGAUUAGUGUGGGUGCACUCUGGUGCUAGGAACUAUGAGAAAAGGUACUGUCUGGUCUGUCCCCACUACUUUCUUCACAGGAGUACUGCCAGAUGGGUGCAUUUUGGUGGCAGGAGCACUUAAAAAAAUGGUACUGGUCCAAAUGGAAAUGCUAUAUUGACUGGACUUUUUAUUGGGGUAUGAUGGAGAUGGGAGAGAACUUUCAGGAGAGAGGUGGUAUGUGAAAGAGCUGGAUGUGUUCAGAACUGAUUAGGGCUUUCAUAGAUGCUUAUGCUCAUUUGCUUAUCCUAGUGUGUGUGUGCGUGCGUGUAUGUGGUUAUGUAGUGUGAUUAAACUGUUGGUUAUAUAUUUGAGUCUGUACCUGGUAAACAUAUAGGUCACAAGUUUGUGCACAUAAGGAUCUGUAAAUAAAUUGUACGUUACUCCUGAGAUCUGCUAUUAGUUCUGGAAGCGUACUGUAGCAUUUUCUACCUGAGAGACCAAAAGUCAAUUCAGUCUGAAGCUGUGGGUGCUCAUUAUGUUUGAAUAUAGGAAUAAUUCAUUAGGAAUUUAUAUCCAUAUUUACUUAGCCAACUAAGUUUUAAGGACCUAAAAUAUUUUUAUUUGUAUGUUUUCCAGACAUCUUUGGGCUUGGUACAAUUUAAUUUCCAUAGAAUGUUGAAUGUACAUAUCCAGUUUGAUUAACUCAGAAAAUCACCAUGGUUACUAAGCAUGUGUGGUAUACAGGCUUUCUGCUAGUGGUAGCAACCUGUCAAGCUUGUCUGGAUUGUUUGUGGUCUGUACUGUCUGUGAAUAAAAUAUUCAGCUUGCUUCUCACCUGAAUUGCUCUCAGAGAGUAAACUGAAACUAAAAGGUUGUUUAGACAGAAAAAUUAAGACCACAAGCAUAGGUAUUCCUGGAUUCUCAUUACAAAGCUGAUGAUGAAUUGGUUGCUUAGUAGACAUCUGGUUACAGCUUGUCUUAGUUUCAGACAUUUAUAAGAUACUAGCAGUUACUUGUCAGCCCUUGAAUGGUUAACUCGAGUCGCAAUGACUUUCUCAAAUUGAAAAAUGUGUAUGUGUACUAGCCUGGACAUACUAUACACUGGACGCAUCUAUAAAUUAACUUUAAUGCACAUUAGAGUAUUUUAAUGUACAUUAAAGUGACACUAAAAAAAUACUAUUUAAUUAAUGCAUAUUAAGACAGGCUAAUGUACGUUUUCCUAGUACCUCACAAUGGAGGUACUAGAUUUUAAUGCACAUUAAUUAAAGUACAUUAAUGUAUGUGUAGAUGUGCCCACUUUUUCCAGAAUGCAGAUGGUCUUAAGAAAUGCAUUAACUUAAUAAAAUGUCUGGUAUUAUGGAGUGCUGCUUAUAUGAGGGUAAAUUCUGUUCUGAAUUCCGUGUAAAUCUACAACUUCACUGAAUAAAUUCUUAACUUUGCAAAUACA